UCACUUCAAACGUGCGUUCAAAAUUUCCCACAUGCUUUUCCUUAUCCUUUAGAUCGAUGCUAGGAUCGAUCUUCAAGCAACCGUAGUCGAAUGCCUUCUUGGCUUGACUAUUCGAUCAACUCUUCCCUUCAAUCAAACAUGUUUCUCUUUUACGGAUUGUCUUUCUGUUCUGAAUGUUUUGAUAAUUUCUAUAAGAAAAAUAUGUAUCCAAAAUCAAACACAAUGCUUUGUAUUCAUACAUACACUUUGUCAACCGCUUUCCCAAAUGAAAAAUUUGUCUUUUGAUAACUAAAUCGGCACAUGUCCAUUUGUCCCUCUUCGGCCAGAAACUGCCUCCAAUCGCAUAGCACACUUUCCACACGUGCUUAAGAUUUUUCGACUAAGUCUUGACCGGUUAAUGAUCGAACCAUGCUUAACCUUUGGUCCAUAACAUCCCCGAACCCGACCCACUGACCUAGCUGCCAAACAUUCUUCCUAGCUGAGUUGAGCUUCCAAUUAGCUGAUCCAGCUAGUUGAGCUCGGACUGUCAGAUGAUCUAGCUGACUUGUCUAGACUGAGCUAGGACUUAAGUUUAUUCCAGCUCGUCUAGCUAGUCUCACUCUUUCUUUAGCUCGAUCCAGCUUAUUUUCAUCACUUCCAUUUGUGAAGGACCCUAGGAACGGAUCACUCUACUGGUACGGAUUUGAUAUGAACUCCGGAUGGAAAACUGGAUGGAUUGAAGGGUCGCACGAAGGUUGCGGAAGGCCUCCAAUAUUCCCAACUCCAAUGGUGCUUGAUAUGACUCACAAGACCACCAAAUGAAGGUUCUCUCGUCGUUGCUUGAUAUGAAUCACUAGUCCAACGAUUUGAGGAAGUGUUUACUUUGAUAUGACUCACCAAGAAACAAGACAAGUUCUUACAAAGAACAAAGAGUUAAACUCAGAAAAUUCAAGACAAAAUCGAUUAUCCUUUCAAAUGGAAGGAGGUUACAUACUUAUAGAGUUAUGUAAUCAAAGACAAUAAUGAGAAUUGUGGAAAAGCAAGACAUAGAAAAGAUAAAUUUGACUAGAAGAUCAUAAAGGAGUCAAAGGUGCGGAAUCUGAUAAAGACCAGUCAAGAUGACCGUUCGGCUACUGUCCAGGUUCAUCUGAACUGGCUGUGUCCAAUGCGGUAAGGGGAAGGAUGCACGCGGGUCGAACGGUACGAUCGGCCGGAUGUCCUUCACGAACGGAAUGUAUCCAAGAGCGGUCCAAGUCAUCUAACAGCUUGAGAAUCCUUGCCUUAGAGAAAUUCAGAUGAUCAAAGUUCAUGAACGGAUCGAACACGGAGGCAAGGUCGAGGGCACGAUAGUCGGGAUGAACCAAACGGACCAAAAGUGAGAAUGCACGGAUUCUUCAUGACCCAGGCUAAGUUUGGCUCGACUAUCAGUCUUGGAUUUUUGAGAAGGUCGGACAAGACGAGCUCCAGUUCGGUCAGUUCGGUCGUCUGGUCGAGGAUUUAGUCGAAGCUCCAUUCGGGACGUACGCGGGUAGAUCCGGUACACGGCCGGAUCAGUCUGUCCGGUACAGUCAGAAGAGUGAACCUCGGUUGAAAUGUUCGGGACGCCCUGAUCUUCAUGCUGGUCUGGUUCCACAGACUGAUCCACGGACUGAUCCACGGACUGAGGCACAUCUUUUUGUUUCCUUGGUUAAGUUUCAUCUUUUUCGGAGUUAACCCUUUUACUCAGACCAUGGAACACUUGCUUUAAUAUCUCUCGACUUGUUGAACGUUCUCUCGUCCCAUGGUCUGAUAUGACGAUCCUAUCUAGGAUCAGGAACAUGACAUAUUCAACAAAUAUUAUUAUAGUGAGGGUAGUAAGAGUGAGGUUAGGGUUAGGGUGAGUGUGAGUGUGAGGGUGAGGAUGAGGGUGAAAGUGAGGGUGAAGGUGAGGGUGAGGACAAGGGUGAGAGUGAGGAUGUAGAUGAAAAUGAGAGUGAGGGUGAAGAUGAGAAUGAAAGUAAGAGAGUGAAUAUAAGUGGGAGUGUGAAGUUGAAUAUAAAUGUGAGUGUUUUUGAGAUCAUUUGAUAAUAUAAUGCAAGAAAGCUUUGAAAAUUUGACAAAAGCUAGUGAAGACUUCGUAACUGAGAAUUAUUUUAUAUCUAAGUCAAAUUACAUUAUGAAUAAAAUAAUGUAAUGAUUGAAAAAAUGUUAUAAAAUUAUUUUGUUUUGAUUGAUUUAGUUUCUUAUAACAUGGCUAAAAAUUCUGUUUACACGUUUAGAUAAAAAAAAUUUAAGAUAUACUAAGUCAUUUUAAAAUAUUUUAUUUAAUAAUUUAUCCAAGUUUGAUUUUGGUCUUUUAAUCGCAGGACACAUACAUUGAGUAAAAUUACUUAACAGUCCGAAUAUGUGCUAACAGCUCGAAUUUAAUAUUUAUAUCUUCUCAUACUAUUCCAAAUUUAAUAUUGGACAUUUAUAUUAAUUCUAAAAUUGUAUUUGAAUUCAUAUACUUGUCAGGAACUAUAAACUUCACAUAUCUCCAAUAAAUACUUAUCCGGAACUAUAAACUUCAUAUAUCUCCAAUAAACAUUACUAAGCCAAAGAACUCAUCAGGAUGCAGGGUUUUGGGUUUUCUAAAUAUGAGUUAUUGGUUGUUGUAUUUUAAUGGAUUUGAAAAUCUGAACUAAAUCUAUUGUUAUUGGUUUUAUGAUUUUCAAAUAUGUAUUGAAAUCAUGUGUUAUUGGUUCAAUGAUUCAUAAAUUCUAUAUCAAAUCAAGCAUUAUUCAAUCGUACAGAUUUACUAAUAUAUUUGAUUUAAUAAUAAAUUUGAAUGGAUUUGUUUGGAUUUUUUAGUUAAAAAUACAAAGACCCAAAUCCGAGGGAAAACCUCCGGAUUUGCAUAUUUUACUUGGAUUUAUAAAUACUAUAUGGAUUUCUAAAUCAAUCAAAAUAUAUAAACCAAAAAAAAACAAUUCUGUUUUGAAUAAUGAUGGAUUCACUUAUGAAGUCCUAUAGAAUCGAGUCUGGUCCUAGUGGUUUGGUUUCUUUAUAUUUCUAUCUUAGCCUCUUUGGCUGUUUGUUGAAUGGGCAGUUGGUUUUAAUACGAUGUUUUUGUUUCGUCGUUGGUUUGGUUUCGUCAAUGGUAUGUCAAUGAGAUCUUUAUUUGGAAAAAAAUACUCUGGGUUCUGGUUCAAAUCCUCAAGGUAAAAGUGGAGGGCUGGCGUUAUUUUAUAAAUUUAGUUACAAGGUUAAUAUUGUAUCAUGUAAUAAUAUGAUUACAGAUGUUGAAACGGAAUAUAAUGGCAAGCAGAUUUUUAUAUCCUUCGUUUACGGUGAACCAAACCAAAAUCUUUGAGAUCCAGUUUGGGAGAGAUUAACGAGAAUAGGUAUCUCUCCGGAUGAACCUUGGUUUAUUAUUGGAGAUCUAAAUGAGAUUAGGUGUAAUCAUGAGAAACAAGGCGGUACCCUACGAUAUGCUGAUACUUUUGUGGCUUUUAACAAUAUGAUAGAUAAUUGUGGUCUUAUGGAAUUCUCUAGUCUAGGAAAUACUCUAUCAUGGAGUGGGAGGAGAUGGUGUCAAGUUGUUAAGUGUCGCUUGGAUCGGGCCCCGGGGAAUAAUGAAUGGCAUAAUUUGUUCCCUUGUUCUUUUGUUGAAUAUUUGUGCAUGGUUGCCUUAGAUCACGGACCCACUGUAGCAACAAUUGAGGAUAAAAUUAUAAAAUAUAGAAGAUUUUUUCGAUUUGAUAAGAAUGGAAUUGGGGAAGAUGGUAUUAUGGAAUCAAUCACAUGGGGAUGGAACACUAACCGCGGAAGGGAAAGGGUAGGAGUUGUGGACAAGAUACAUUGGCGUAGAUACGAGAUUUCAGCCUGGAGGAAACUUAAUCCGCCAUAUGGGAAGGAUAAAAUAGAUUCCCUCCAAAGAGCACUUGAGGAAAUUCAAAAUCAUUUAACAAAAUCCCAUGAAGAGGUGUUGGAGGUUUCGAGAAAAUUACAAAAUGCGUAUCGAGAUGAAGAACAAUAUUGGGAACAAAAGAGCAGGACUAAUUGGCAUGUUCUCGGGGACAGGAAUACAAAAUUUUAUCACGCUUCGACAAAACAAAGACGUAUUCAAAAUUUGAUAAUUGGUCUACACAAUGAGGAGGGCAAUUGUGUAAAUUCAGAACAAGAGGUGGAAGGAGUAGCGGUUAGAUAUUUUACGGAUUUGUUUAGUACAUCCUCUCCAGCGGAGUCCGAGGUUUUUUAGAGGAAAUUCCGACCUUGGUUACGGAUGCCCAGAAUCUCAGGCUGAUGGUUAUGGCUACGGAAGAAGAGGUAAGGGCCACUUUAUUUAUGAUGCAUCCGGAAAAAGCCCAUGGCCUGAUGGGAUGACUGCACUUUUUAUCGACAGUCUUGGUCAACAAUUAAGGAUUAUGUAGCCUCCAUGGUUAAUGAUUUUCUAAGGACAUGAAUUUUUGAUGAUAGACUCAAUUUGACAAAUAUAUGUCUCAUUCCGAAGACAGAGAGACCAAGUAGGAUGACCGAACUUAGACCCAUCAGUUUGUGCAAUGUGGGUUAUAAAAUCAUUUUAAAGCUAUUAUGCCAGAGGUUGAAAGGCUUAUUACCAAAUUUAAUUUCGGAGACUCAAUCGGCAUUUAUUUCCGGCAGGUUAAUUUCGGAUAACAUUCUCAUUGCACAGGAGAUGUUUCACGGGUUACGCACCAAUAACGCGUGCAAGGAUAAGUUUUUAACGAUCAAUACAGAUAUGAGAAAGGCGUGUGACAGACUAGAAUAGCCUUUUCUCAAGAGCCUUCUUUUAAAAAUGGGUUUUUCUAUUGACUGGGUAGCUUUGAUAAUGCGAUGUAUAUCGUCGGUCAAUUACAAGGUUUUACUCAACAGGCAACUGAAAUGACAUAUAGUUCCAGAGAGGGAACUGAGACAAGGGGAUCCGUUGUCCCCACACUUAUUCAUCGUAUGUACAUAAUCUCUUAUUGCUAACAUUCGGAAAGAGGAGAGGAGAAAACAUUUAACAGGUUUAAAGAUAGCACGGGCAAGUCCACCAAUUUCUCACUUACUGUUUGCGGACGACAGUCUUUUCUUUUGCAAGGCUAUUCAAAGACUAUGAGUUGGUAUCAGGACAACAAAUUAAUUUUUCGAAAUCAUCGAUACUUUUUGGCCAUAAGGUUCCUGAGGAAGUGAGGUGCUGAUAGAAUCUUCAGCCGCACUUUUGCCAACAUACGUGAUGUCAUGUUUCAGACUUCCGACAGGGGUUACCAAGAAAAUUACUAGUACUUUAGCGCACUUCUGGUGGAGCAGUGGGGGAAACAAAAAAAGGUAUACACUAGUAUUCUUGGGAUAAAGUUUGCAUACAUAAAGAAGAGGGUGGCCUAAGUUUCAGAGAUCUCCAAGAUUUUAAUACAGAUUUAGUGGCCAAACAAUUAUGACGAUUGAUAGAUAAACCAAAUUGUUUAUUUUCAAAGGUUUUCAAAAGAAGAUAUUUUCGGAACUCUCAUCCUCUGGAUGAUCACAGAUCUUACUCAUCUUCUUAUGGAUGGAGAAGCAUAUGUUCAGCUUGAUCUCUGGUUAAAAAAGGGCUAAUCAAAAGAGUAGGGUCUGGAAAAUCAAUUUCUCUUUGGAAUGAUCCAUGGAUUCAUGCUCCUCGCCCGAGGUUAGCAUUACCAAAAAACCAAAUUCAAUUUUAAAUCCAUCUCUCAAGGUGGAAGAUCUCAUCAACCCAGUUGAUAGAUCCUGGAACGUAGAUUUGCUCAAUGCAUAUAAUCAUCCAGAUGAUGUAAAGAUCAUUUGUGGGAUAACAGUGAGUAGGACACAGAGGCCAGAUACGUCUGGUUGGAUUCCGGUUGGAUGUAUUCAGAGUCCGGUAAAUAUUCGGUUAAAUCAUGUUUCAGGACAGAGUCAUUAUAUCUAGAUAGGGGACCAAGGACAAUAAUUUAUGGACCAAACGUUAAACCACCGUUUGUGUUUACAUGGAAACUUAAAUGCUCCCCGAAACUAAGACAUUUCGUUUGGCAAGUUUUAUCUGGGACUUUACCGGUAUCCAAGAAUUUGAAGUCACGUGGCAUAGAUUGUGAUUUACAAUGUAGUAUUUUUGGAACAGAGGAGGAAACGAUAAAUCAUGUUCUCUUUGAAUGCCCACCAGCAUUACAAACUUGGGCGUUAUCUAGGAUUCCUUCGCCUCCGAGAAUAUUCCCAUCUUCUUCAGUUUACACCAGUUUAGACUAUCUUUUUUGGAGGAUUCCAAAGGAUUUUGAUUCUGAUUGUUUUCCCUGGAUUAUGUGGUAUAUAUGGAAGAAUAGAAAUGACAAGAUUUAUCAGAACAAGGAUGGGAAUCCUCAGGAAAUAUUGCAAAGAGUGGAAGUUGAAAGUACCCUAUGGGCUGAGGCGAAAGUAUUGGUUCCAGACCAGCAUGGAAAUGCCCAACCAGGUGUCACGGGACAAUUAAUGGAGCAUACAAGAGUGUGUCAUGUUGAUGGGGCUUGGCGGGAGCAAGAUGUCUUCACUGGACAGGGUUGGUACUGUUGAAUGAGGGGGACAGCGGGCGUAAUGAUGGGGGCAAUGAAUCUUCGACGAAGCUUAUCACCUCUACGUGCAAAAUGUGAAGCUUUGAUUUGGGCUAUGCAGUGCAUGAAGACUCUGCAGUUUUCAGAUGUAGUGUUCGAGAUAGAUUUUUCUCAACUGGUGAAGAUGGUGUCCUCACUUGAGGAUUGGCCAGCGUUUGCUACACACAUGGAAGAAUUUAACCGCAGUAAGACUUUCUUCCCUAGUUUCAAGAUCAGACAUAUUACAAGGACACAAAACACAAUGGCGGACAAGCUUGCACGUGGUGCAAGGAGUUCUCCUUCAGCUAUGUUAUAUGUUGAUUCAAUACCACCGGUUUGGCUACAUGAACCGGUGGAUUCCUCGUAGAGUAGUUUCUCUGUUGUCAAAAAAAAAACAUUACUAAUAUCAAUUUAUAAACUGCCAUUAAAAAAGCACAAAUUUUUUAACUCAGAGGUUUUACCUUUUUAGUAUUAAUCAAUGAGAUAUGUUUAUUUUAUCCAACUCAAUUGCAUGAAUAUAAAAUUUUAAUAAUAGACAUACAUGAUAUGUACAUAAAUUUUCUAAAAUGAUAUGUACUUUAGCAAUAACAUAAAUAAAUAAUGAUGAGAUUAAUAGUAUAAAUAUUUAAAUUUGUUUCUAUUUUUUAUAACAUAUAACUUUAUUGAUAACAAAUCAAUAUAACAGAUUAAAUGAAACAUAAGAUACAUCAAACAUGUUGUUAAUAAGAACUUUUAAUAGAAGCAGAAGUAACAUGGUGCUUCCGAACACAUUCGUAGGAUAGGCUGAUUCGCUAGCUUUCCUUCAUUUCGUUCUUGGUCUUGUAAGAUCUUUAUUAUGGCUCUAAAUCCUUGUGAGUAAAUAUAUGCAUUUUUUUCAAAAAAAAUCAUUCGAUGCGAUCCAUCUAUUACUUGAAAUCUGUCCCAAACACUUCUUUAAUAUAACAUGUUUAUUGUCAUUGUCCAUGGCAUUGACCAUUCUCCUUUUUUUUAACAAAUAAAGCCAUAACUUCAAAUUAUUAUGUUGGAGAAACAAACAUCAUCUGCCACCUUGUUGCUUUAGAAUCUUCGCUUCCCUGUGUCAUUCUUUAUAUUUUAGAACCAACAAAAUCCUAGUCCGUCCAUUCCUCAUCAUCAUAGCCUCUUUUUGUUGAAAAUUUUGAAAUACUAUGAAACUAAACAUGUGACACCCGUCACGUCCUAUCUAGAGGACAACGUGUCACCAAGUCCGUGCAAAUAUCACAUGAUUGUUUAUCUCACCUUAAAUGGAGAAAAGAGAGGGGUGAAAAAUAUGGAAGUCGCUUAAUGAGGUAUGGGAUGCUAUUCCGGAGUCCAUAGACACAGACAUAGCACUCCGAAUAUAAAUAAUUUAAUCAAAAUAUUUUACAAGCAUGGCACCUAAAGUACCCAAGAAACAACCACGGUCCAAGCGUAUAAAUAUAUAUAGUCUGCUCGCUAACGGACCAACAGCCGAGAUAGUGCCCGGUAUCACCCCCCGAUAGAAGUUUUCUUAUACGUAGGAUUCACGCAUGGGACUAGUGCCCAUACACACCGCCCGUAGACGCUUUAUCGAUCUCAGAGAUACAACGUGGAUCGAACUCAGACGUCGUACCCCACCCAAAAACUAGCGUGCAUCACCUCUGCCUGCUAGGCCAUAAGCCAGACUCCAACGUGCAGGAACUCACCUCUGCCUCCACUGAGUCUGCCUCACCACAAAUACUACUAUAUUAUAUAUAUAUCAAAUUAGAUCACGCAAGCAAGGUUGAAUUAUCUGACUCCCUAUUCCGGAUUACGCAAAGAACUUAAAUAACUGUCAAGAAGACGCCAAACAGACGUUAGACAUACUCAAUUUCACACUGACGGAAACAUAUUAGAACUAAAGUAUGCAUAUUCAAAGUCCUUAGGCAAGUACCAGAGGUUCAGAAAUAGACCCUCACUAUCAAUAUAGAAAAGUGGUGUCUAUGAACUCCAACUGUUCAAAUAGACUCCAAAUCUGAAAUCAGGACAAAAUUCUAAGUCAUAAAUAACGCCCUUCGAAUGGUUAAAAACUGGUAUGAUCAAGAUUUUUUUUAAAAAGUCAAUCCACUGGUCAAAAGUCAAAAUCAAAGUCAACCUUCGACCAAAUUGGAAUUGUUAGUAUAAAAUAAUAAUGAGUUUUAAGUUAAUGGAUGAUAACUUAAUAAAAUUUAAAAAAUCUUAAAAAUUAAAUAUAUUCUAGGACAAAAAACAGUUGUCAAGUUUUCAAUUCUUCUUUUAUAUAUUAUUUUUCAAUUUCCAACAACAAAUCUUCUUUUCUUUCAGUUUCCAGUUUUAUCAUUUAUAUAUUCCACAAUUCCAUAAACUUUUAGCACAUUCCAUUUAUAGUUUUGAUCCAGAAUUUCCAUUUUUCUUUUCUUGAGCCCAAACUUGGAUAGCUUGAAAUUAAAUGCUGAAAAUGCAAACUUUUUUGUUGAUCACUCCAACUCUUUAUAAACACAGUAUCUCUGCGUUUCUAAACUCUUCAUCCUCGUCCAAACAGAAAAUGGCGUCUCUGUAUAAUCAAGCACCUUCUGUAUCAGCAAUUUUCUCCCUCUACACAUCAUUCUCUGCAAUAAUGAUGCUUUUCCGCACAAUCUUCAACGACAUUGUGCCUAAGCGAAUCCAAGAUCACAUCACUGGGAAAGUUGUAGACUUCUUCUUCUCCUCUUACCUUCCGUCGAGGUUCACUUUUGUGAUCGAGAAAGAAUGGGACUCGGUUGAGAACAUAACUUUCCGUGCGGCUGAAGUUUACUUGCCAACACUUCUAUCAGGACUCUCCACCGGAAAUAUCGUUGUGGGUUCGAGUAAUCUAAAGAAUCCAGAGGCUCAGCCGAAACUAGGGAUCCCUAUAGAUAUAAAUAUCACCGACGAGUUUGAAGGGAUUCAUCUUGAGUGGACUCUACACUCUGUUGAAACUAAGAAUUCUCCCUACGAGAAACGGUUCUUUCAUCUGACAUGUGAGAAGGAGUUUCGUAAGAAGAUAAUGACAGAAUACUUCACAUACUUGACGAAAUCGGCAGACAACAUACUGCGCGAGAGUCUCAAGAUCUACACUUACGACAGGCAAAAUUCAUGCUGGUUGUCCACCAUUUUCGAGCACCACACGACCUUCGAUACCCUAGCCAUUGAGUCGCACCUCAAGACCAGGAUAAUCGACGAUCUUGAUGCGUACUCUCAAGGAAAAGACUUCUUCAAAAGCGUGGGACGUGCCUGGAAGCGUGGAUAUCUUCUUUACGGUCCACCGGGUACUGGAAAAUCCUCCAUGGUGGCUGCUAUUGCUAACUACAUGAAGUACGAUAUCUAUGAUCUCCAGCUUCAAAGCGUUAGAGACGAUGGUGAGUUGCGGAAGAUUCUCACCUCCAUCCCGAACCGGUCAAUUCUUCUCAUUGAAGACAUUGAUUGUGGAUCUGGUGCUUCUUGUAAAUGCCAGAUCAAGGAAACGAAAGAAGAUUGUGAGCGGGUAUCUUUGUCUGGUCUGUUGAACUUCGUAGACGGGCUUUGGUCGAGCUGCGGAGAAGGAAGAAUUAUAAUUUUCACAACCAACCACAAGGGGGAGCUCAAUCCAGCGUUACUGAGGCCAGGAAGGAUGGACAUUCACAUUCUCAUGGGUUAUUGCACACCCUUUGUGUUCAAGAAGCUUGUCGCUUUGUACCUCAAGAUUGAUGACCAUGUCCUGUUUGAUCCCAUUGAGAAGCUCGUCCUUAAGGUGAGUGUAACUCCGGCUGAAGUCACACAGCAGCUCAUGAUGACUAAGAAUGCUGAUAUUGCACUCAAAGGUCUCCUCGAAUUAUUGGAAGCGAAGACAAUGAAAGAGGAAGAAGAUACCAUAGAGAUUGAAGAUGGUGAUACUAGGAAGCUGAACCAGAUGAAGAAAGAUAAGUAGAUAUCUAGUGCCAUUGAUUAUGUAUUGAAGACUACUUAGAAGUAACUCAGUAUUUCAGUUCCUUUGAGAAAUAAAAACCAUUUCUUAAGACA